AUGGUCCUAAGCAUCGACAGUCUCCUUCAGCAGGUGAUACGAGCUCUGUGGUUGACUCUUGCUGUCAAUGUACUUAUAAUUCUAUAUACGCGCCAAUGGAUCCACACCAUUCCAGGAGCAGUAAUUUUGGCAGCAUGGUUGGUCUACUAUGCCAAUCGUCGCUACAAACUCCCCAGAGACUGGUCCAAGCUUGGCGGUGACGAUAUAGCCUUGGUCACUGGCGGGUCCAACGGCUUGGGGAAGAAGAUCGUCGAACUUCUUUUGGAGAGGAACGUGGAGGUUUACGUGUUGGACGUGGUUGAGCCCAGUUACAGCCAUUCUAGAGCUACUUACAUCAGGUGUGACUUAUCGAGUGAAGGCCAAACAACGUCUUCCAUUUCCAGCUUGGUCAAGUCACUCGCCUCCAGCAAAAGGCACAUUUCGGUGUUGGUCAACAACGCAGGCAUACGGCACAACCGCUCGUUAUUGGAGCUCGAGAGUGACGAAGUGCAUCGGUUGUUCAACAUCAACACCUUGUCCCACAUCUGGACGUUGAAGCUGGUGGUCAAUAACCACAUCCAGCAUGUGCUCCCUGCGACACCCAAAGCACAACUCUACAUUGUGUCCAUAUCAUCGAUAUUGGGUGUCCUAGCACCUCGGAAUCUAUCAUUGUACAGUGCUACGAAAGCCGCUAAUAUUCUGAUCUACGAAGCAUUGACCCAGGAGCUUGUUGCAUUCAAAUCCAUUCGCAUCCUACAGGUAUUGCCAGGACAACUAACUACGGAUAUGUUCAAGGAUGUGGCACCAUCUAGACAGUUUUUGGCACCGUUGGUGAACCAUGUCAAGUUGGCACACCAGAUACUUGCACGAAUCGAAACAGGCGAGAUGGGGGUCCUUUGCGAACCAUUGUAUUCCAACUUUCUUCCUGCAGUACGGGCGUUACCUCUUGCAGUCCAGAAGGUCUGUCGAUGGUUCUCCCAAAUGGACGAGAAGGUGAGUUAA